AAACAAUUAAAUUCGUAUUUUGUUUCCAAGUUGAAAAAAUAUUUAAAUUAGUAAUAUUUCCAUCAGUAUGUCAACGAACGCAUAUUCAACUAUCUCGCAUUGUUGACGAUGUCAUAGCAACGCUACACUCAUCCUUCCGGUUGUUGGUUUCAGAUUUCUGAAUUGUGAAAUUCCGAAGUUUAAGUAACGGUGCCGUGUCUGAUUACCGUCUUCGUUAUUUCAGUAGUUAAACGCUUCAGAAAUGUAUUUUGAUGACGACGGAGAUGGUUCCCCAACUUAUGUUGGUAACUUAACGCCAUGCGGAAUAUGCGGCAGGACAUUUAACCCAGAAACACUUAAAAGACAUCAAGGGAUUUGCCAGAAAAAUGCUGCCAAGAAGAGAAAAGUAUUUGAAUCACAGAAACAGCGUGAUUUGCCAGGUAUCUCAAAAAUAACAACAAAGUCAAAACCUCAACGAUCAGCUCCAGAAGCAAAAAGCAGAUGGAGGCAACAACAUGAAGAAUUCAUUCAAACUGUUCGAGCUGCACGAGGCGUCACCAAAGCAAUCAAAGAAGGCAAAGAGCUGCCACCCCCUCCCCCACCAACAAUAAACCCAGACUAUGUUCAGUGUACAUAUUGUUUGCGACGAUUCAGCAAAAACGCUGCGGAGAGGCACAUUCAAUUUUGUGCUGAUCAACAUAAAAGAUUGGAGACCAAAACUAGAUCAAAAACAGCAGCGACAGAAAAAGCUGCUGCAAAACAAGAACGCAGAAAUGCUUACCGACCUCCGAUGCCAUCAUCAGGGGUUCGGAGAGGAGGAACCUUAUUAAACACGGACUCGAUUGUAAGCAGCCACUCAAAUUCAGCAGCAAGGCAAAGGUCAAUGAAAUUUAAUUCAACUUCAAUAAGGCAAGAUGGUCGAAGCAAUUCUGAUGUCUCUAGAACCCGUUCGAUGAAAAACGAUUCAAAAUUCGACACUACUUUACCGGCAAGCGCCGUCGUUAGAACAAGAACUGGUCUAAAAGCUAAAGUGCUCGCAAAUAAUUCAUCGAGUGAUAUUGAUUCGUCAGACUUUGACGCUCCGAAGCGCAGACCGACUGGGUCACAAGGCAGAAGAAAUGUUUCUAACGGCCAAGGAUAUUAUCAACCCCCAGCUAACAGCCGUGGGGGCAGAACAGGACAGGGACAAUCAACAUCCAAAUCUACCAAAUAUGACUGGGAUUUUAAUUUUGAAUCAGACUCAGCUGACCACGUCAAACAAAAUGGCGUUCGUAAAACUUCAUCAACAAGAACAAGGCAGCAGGCUGCUGUGAACCAUGGAAACAGUCUAUACUCAGGAUAUAACCAUAAUAAUAAUAACUUUGGACAAUCGCCGCAAAGUGGAUACGAAGACUCAUUGAAUGAUUUUGUCGCAAAAGAAUUUGGUUCAAAAUAUAAAAGUCCAGGCUCCGGUGCCAGUAAUCACCAGGGUCAUUCUGACGCCUCGUCUCCCUGGGAUUCUGAUGCAUACAGAGGAAGAGGGGAACCAAUGACUCUCCACAGAAAAGACGACACAUCGUUUGACUCUGAAAAAUCAGGCAGUUCGCUUUCCAGCAACUCAUCUUCAAGAUUUUGUCAUGAAUGCGGUUCUCGCUAUCCAGUUAUGACAGCAAAGUUUUGCUGUGAAUGUGGAAUGAAGCGUAUAACAAUAUAACUUUGCUGUCAGGUUUCAAUACUGUGUUAUUCCAGACUUUUCUUUUUUGUAUAUUAACCACCAUUGAUUAUAAGUGUUUAACUUGGACAUAGCGACAAUUUGAAUUAAAUUAAUUCAAAGUUAUUAUUUUAGUAUCUGAUUGGCCAGCUUUGAUUUAAACAUUGUUCAGUUUUGAACAAUUUGAAUUAAAUUAAUUCAAAGUUAUUAUUUUAGUAUCUGAUUGGCCAGCUUUGCAGUUUUGAAGUUUUUGGAUAUCUUGGCAUUAUGAGUCUCCAAAGUUGUUUUUAUUCCAAUAAUACUUGGUCUGAGCUAUAGAUUUCCUGCAUUUUGAUUAUUAUCCAUUAAGAACCUGUCACACACCAUUAA